AUGGUGACUACGGAGGUUAGCACCGCCGUCUCCGGUAGGGAACCAAUGCCUCCGCCAUCAGAAUCAGGCGGCUCUACUGAUUUCUUCGAUAACGAGAGACUAAAAGAAAUUUUCUCCAGUCUUGAUUUUGAUGAAUGGACUUUGCUAAUAUCCGAAAUAGAGAAUUCGUUUCCAGAUGAUAUUGAGAAGUUAUGUUUAGUGUACGAUGCUUUCUUGUUGGAGUUUCCAUUGUGCCAUGGCUAUUGGAGGAAAUAUGCUUACCAUAAGAUAAAGUUAUGCACUUUAGAAGAUGCUGUUGAAGUUUUCGAACGAGCUGUACAAGCAGCUACUUAUUCUGUAGCUGUAUGGCUCGACUAUUGCGCUUUCGGUGUUGCUGCCUAUGAAGAUCCUCAUGAUGUUAGUAGAUUAUUUGAGAGAGGCCUUUCGUUUGUUGGAAAAGAUUAUUCUUGCUGCAUUCUUUGGGACAAAUAUAUAGAAUUUAUUUUGGCCCAGCAGCAGUGGAGUUCAUUGGCUCAUGUAUAUCUCCGGACCCUGAGAUAUCCAUCCAAAAAGUUGGAUUUUUAUUACAAGAACUUCAAGAGGAUUGCAGCUUCUUUGAAAGAGAAGAUUAAAUGUAGGAUAGAUGUUAACGGAGACCUUUCGUCAGACCCCAUGGAAGAAGAUUUGGUCCCUACACGUCAUACUGAUGAGGAGAUCUCUAUUGUUAUAAGAGAUUUAAUGGGUCCUUCCUCUCGCUCGGCUGUGGCAAAAGCGCUGCAUGCAUAUUUAUCAAUUGGAGAACAGUUUUAUCAAGAAUCACGGCAGUUGAUGGAAAAAAUAAGUUGCUUUGAGACACAUAUCCGCAGGCCUUAUUUUCAUGUAAUUCCGUUAGACUCUGAUCAGCUGGACAAUUGGCAUGCGUAUUUGAGCUUUGCCGAAACAUAUGGGGACUUUGAUUGGGCUAUCAAGCUUUAUGAGAGAUGCUUAGUACCAUGCGCUAAUUACACUGAGUUCUGGUUACGCUAUGUGGAUUUUGUUGAAAGCAACGGUGGAAGGGAGCUAGCAAACUUUGCUUUAGCUCGAGCAUCACAAACUUUUGUCAAGAAUGCAUCUGUUAUCCAUCUGUUCAAUGCAAGAUUCAAGGAACACGUUGGAGAUGCAUCUGCUGCUUCUGUUGCUCUGUCUCGAUGUGACGAGGAACUUGGUUUUGGUUUCGUUGGAAAUGUAACUAAGAAGGCUAACAUGGAAAAGCGUCUGGGUAAUUUUAAAGCAGCUGUUACUACAUACAGAGAGGCGCUCAAGAAAACACUCAUUGGAAAAGAAAACUUGGAAAUCACCGCACUGUUGUAUGUUCAAUUUUCUCGCCUCAACUACAUGAUAACAAACAAUGCUGAUGAGGCAGCUCAGAUUCUAAUAGAGGGCAAUGAGAAAGUUCCUCACUGCAAGUUACUUCUUGAGGAGCUUAUAAGACUCUUGAUGAUGCAUGGAGGGUCUCGACAAGUGGAUUUGUUAGAUCCUAUCAUAGAUAGAGAAAUAUCUCACCAGGCAGAUUCCUCCGAUGGUUUGAGCGCAGAGGACAAGGAGGAGAUAUCAAAUUUAUACAUGGAGUUUGUUGACCUCUCUGGAACCAUCCAUGAUGUGAGGAAGGCUUUGGGUCGACACAUAAAAUUAUUCCCACAUUCUGCUACAUCCAAGUUACAUGGGCCCUGUCCCUCGGGGAAUUCAUUGAGAGAGUUGAUUCAGAGAAGAGAGAAGGCUCGUGAGUGCUUGAAUCAAGCCCUAUUAACAGACAAAGGCAUUGGUGGCACAGUUGUUUUGCCACUGGAAGAAAAGAAAGAGUCACCUGUGAACUCCGCUGAUGGUGCUCAAUCUAAAGAUGCUGUUCGGUCUGACUAUUUAAACACUGAGCCUACUCUGGGGUCUCUGGCUUCAGGACUUCAAGUUGAAGGAAAUAAUAAUGUUGCAGAGAGGCAGAAUACCUGUGAGUCACAGAGUGAUCCGUCCAUGGGAUUAAAGGCGGAUGAAGGUGGUGAACACUCUCGUGAAUUAAGCCUACCGAUCCAAGCCACGCCAAAGCAUGGGUUUGUUGCUAAACCAGCUCAUAUUUCGUCCAGUUCAGUAGAUACUUUGGAAUCUGAUGCUAUAGUGAUCCAACCUAGUGGGUCAAGGAGCUCCCAAAGUUACCAAAACCAAGAGUAUCUCAGGCAAGCUGGUCGAAACAGGUAUCAUAGAAGAGAUUUAACCCAGAAUCGCAGAGAUCUGAGACCUCGUUCUCAUGAGAGACCGCCUCAGAUGUCGUAUUCUCCAGUCGAAACUAGGCGGGAGAUUAUCGGUCAGCGCAUGGGGGGUUCUCCUCUAGAAAAUCGAUCAGGGCUACAAAGCUCAAUCUCACAGAAUCCGCAAAACCGAUGUCAAAACUCCGCAUCUCAGCUGCAACCCGUGGUUCAAACGUCCAGUGCUUAUCCUCAAACCCAGAUUGUUGGUCAGAACAUCAGUGUAGCCCCUUCAGACAAUCCAGCAGCAACACUUCAAAGCUCAAUCUCACCGAAUCCGCUGGACCAAUAUCAAUACUCUGCAUCUCAGGUUCAAACAUCCUUUGCUUAUCCUCAGACUCAGAUUCCUCAGAAUCCAGUGCAAAGUAACGACCAACAAGGUCAGAUGCAGAGCAAUGAAGCUUAUAACCAGCUGAUGUGGCAACAGUAUUACUAUAACUAUCACUACUAUCAACAACAACAACAGCUUCUAUCUGAACAACCACAACCAAAUCAGAAUUUUCAGCCACAACUAGAUCAAAAUCUUCUGCAACUUCUCUCCAAACGGUACCAAUCUCAAGCCGGAACUCAGUACACACAAUCUCAACAGGUGCAACAACAGUUGCAAGAAGAAGCAAAAGUUGAUGAACAGAAACCAUCUAUGCCACAGGUGUCAACAAGGGACAGUGAUAUUCAAAAGAGUCAAGAAUCUGGAGGAAAUGAAACAGUCGCAGAUCCAUCUUCUGACACUUCCAUCAGUUCUAUAUGA